AUGACAACACUAGAUCAACGUUUUCGUAUUGUUGGUGAUAUAACAAUUCGAGGUAAAUCAACAACAACACAUGGAUUAAUUAAAGGAAAAAAAAUUGAUAUAUCUUAUGGAAGUAAGAAAACAACGGAUUUUGAAACUGUUUCAAUUAUUCAAUCACGUCAACCACUUACACCUGAAUCACCUUAUUUUAUUGUUGAAGUUUAUAAAUGUGAUCCAGAUGCAGUAUUAGCAAUUGGUAUUGCUCCCUUAGAUAUCAAUUCACAUACGGGACAAUAUAAUAAUUCUCUUGGUUAUCACAAUAAUACUGGACGAGUCUAUACAUCAUGGAAAGUACAUGCAAAUACACUUGGACUUCAGUAUGGAAAGGGUAAUACUGUUGCAAUCUAUGUAACGUAUUUCGGUGAACAUCUAUCAACAGCACUUCUUUAUUAUGAUGAUUUUCCUGUUGCAACAAGAUAUCAUUUUGAAGCAAAUAAAGAACGUUUUCUUCCAACAUUAACAUUUUCUGGUGGUCGUGUUGAAGUUGCAGUUCUUUGGCCGGAAGCUGUUGAACAAUUACCAGCUAUUACUGAUAUUCCAGUUUCUCAAUGGAUUCGAGCACCAAUGGGCACAUAUGAUACACAAACAGGAUUUUUUGAAAAUCCUUCUAGAUUAGAAGAUCUACCAGUUCAAUCUCCUGUACCUUUAGGAAAAACUUUUCGUUAUUUUGUUGUUACACAACAAGAAGUAUCACAAACCGAUGGGAAAGGUGCCAGUGUUGGAUUAGCUACUUAUUCUCCAUUAAAACCAACACCAACAUGUACAUUGAUGAAAGAUUAUUAUACAUGGUUUGCCAAGAUGAAAAUGCAAGUUGGAAAUACAAUUGGUUGGGGAGUUUAUUAUGAUGAUAAUUGUGAAGAUGAUAAAGCUGAACAAUUAUGUUUAGUUUAUGUUAUGUUUAAUAAAUUAAUUGUUGAUGUUCUUUUUGUUUUACAACCAGAAGGCGGUUUUGUUCCUAUUGUUUUACUUCAACCAUAUGCAACAAAAGUUUCAAUUACAAAAAAGAAUAUGUUAACAGCAGAUGAAGUAACAAAACUUCAAGGACUCUAUAAACAAAUGUUACGACCAGCUAUUGAUAUUUAUCGAAAAGAUAAAGCUGAACGAGAUUUAACUGGAAGUUUUUUUCGAAAAAGUGAUCAAGUUUUAUUAAAUAUUACUGAUCAAUCAUGUCGUGUAACAAUACCAAAAACUGAAAAUACAAUUCAUUAUGUUCAAUUUCGUCGACCGUUAACAUCGGAACGACGUUUCUUUUUCGUUGAAUUAGAAAAUAUUAGUCAACAAUGUCAAGUAACAAUUGGUAUUUGCUCAUCUCAACAUAAUCUAACAGAAGCACCAGGUUUUACUGAUAAUACAGUUGGUUAUAAUACACAUACAGGAAAAUUAUAUUCAAAUCGAAAAGAUGUUGGUAAUAUGCGUGGUCAUCGAUGUGAACAAGGUGAUACAAUUGGUCUUGAAAUAGAAGCAUUUGAAAAAGAAAUGAGUGUUGUAUUGUUCAGUAAAAAUUUUCGACCAAUUGGUACACGUUAUAUAACAUUACGUGAUCAUACACAAUUUUAUCCAACAAUAUUUAUUGAAAGUGCUGGUGAUCCAGUUGAAUUAUUAGUCCAUUGGCAAACAAGAGUUUCUGUACCACCACAUUAUAGUGUGAGAAAUCCAGAAGAUUGGUGUUUACCGGAAGGAACAAAGAUUGAUUUAAAAGAAAAAUCUUUUAUUUUACCACAACAUUAUGAUCGAUCUUUAUGUCUUCAAGCUCCUUAUAGUUUACACAAAAAAUAUAACCAUUUUGAAAUUGUACUUUCGGACAAAUUUAGUGAUAAUGAACCACCACCAGCAAUUGCUUUAUGUACGGCUUCACCACUUGAUCCACCACCAGUAUCUCAAUUUAAACAGGAUUACUUACGUUUUUGGCCAACAGGAGAUGCUGCAAAAUAUUUGAAACAAGGUGAUAAAAUUGGUUGGGGUGUUUUAUUUCCUCAGGAUGAAGAUAGUAAAUCUAGAAAAAACAAUGAACAAUUAAUAAUCUGUUAUUUAACUGUUAAUCGCACAGUUGGUUAUGUACGAGUACUUUAUCAACCUGUUGGUGGUCUUUAUCCAGUUGUUAUAGCACCACCAAAUGUUAAUCGUAUAAAAAUGGAUUUUUCAGCAACACGAAUCUCAACACAAGAUUUUACUCCUGAACAAAUAAAAACAAUUCUUGCUGAUGCUAAACAACAAAUUGAAGCGGAACAACAAACAAUUAAUAAAAAAUCUGCACCAGUUGUUGAAAAAAAGAACAGUAUAAAACCAAAUAACAAUAUAACAAUUAAUGGUACUCAUUCAGAUAUAAAUUCACCUAUUGAGAAUUAUCAUUAUGAUUCAAAUGUUGAACCAACGAAAUCAGCCGCUUGUAUCGUUCUUUGA